ACAACUGUCAUUUAUGACGUCAUCUUUGAGAGACCAGACCCCACAUGGCAGCCUGCUGAAGUUUUGACGGGACUUGCUAAGCAUGGCCAGGCAGUGGUCUGAGGGCCACUCCACCUCCGUCCUCUGUGUGGGGGCUUCUCCAGGUCCUGAGGGUCUCCUGGCUUCAGGCUCUGAGGGCGGAGAGGUGACGGUGUGGAGCCAGGAGGGAACCAUCGCAGGUCGCCUCACUCUCUCUGGUGAAGACGACUGCACCAGCGUGGUGUUUUCUCCGGCGGCGCCGUGUCAGCUCUACGUGUCACACGGAGACACGGUGAGUGUUCUCGACCCCCGAAGCCUAAAGAGCCCUGUGGAGGAGUUCCAGGCUGCGGGGGAGGAGGAGAUCAAUGCGUUGGCGAUGAAUGAGACGGGGUCAGCCCUGGCGGUGGCGGAUGACUCCGGGGCGGUCCGGGUGCUGGAGCUUCCUGGAGGAAAAGUGUGCAGGACUCUUCGAAGGCACUCAAACAUCUGCUCCUCGGUGGCUUUCCGGCCUCACAGACCCAAUAACCUGGUGUCUGCUGGACUCGACAUGCAGGUGAUGCUGUGGGGUCUGCAGAAGACACGCCCUAUCUGGACCGUCAACCUCCAGCAGGUAGCAGAGGACGAAGACGACCACCAGCAGCGUCCUGGGCAGCUGUUCAACCCGCCGCUGGUCCACUGUGUCUCUGUGGCGGGCUGUGGGAACAUUCUGGGCUGCGCUGCAGAGGACGGGCGGGUCCACGUGAUGCGGAUCGGCAGCGGCUCUAAACUGGAACAGAUGGGAGCAGUGAAGGCCCACAGCCAGGGGGCCUCACAGGCACACUUCAUUAGCUUCCUGUCCCACCCGCACUGGCUGGUCACCGGGGGAAACGACGGCCAGGUGGCCCUGUGGGACCUCAGCCAGCACCCGGUGGUGAGUCCGGAGGCCAAAACUGGAGGGACUGCAGCGCCGCGCAGGAGGAGUAGGAACAAAGCAAAGAGGAAAGAACAAUCGCAGGAUAAAGAAAAGAAAGUUGAAACACAGAAAGAAGAAGUGGAGGACGAGGCUGCAGCAGGUGCAGAGGAGGUGACGGAGGAGAAGUCUGGGCCCAGACGGAGCAUCAGUCACGGGGACAAGGUGAACUGGUUGUGUCCUGCUGUCCUGAAAGGAGAACCCAGUGUGGUGGUGGCAGACCAGAGCUGCAGUCUGACCGUCUAUCCUCUGGAUCAGCUAUAGACACACACACUGCACAACAUCAUCUUUUGUUUCUGUUCCUCCCAUAGCAGGACAACAGUUUGACUUGCCUUAACAUCUCUGAAACUAUUUGACACCUUUUGUGUUUGAUGCUGUAAAAACUGGUAGCUUGAUUGUUAGUUUGAUUUUGAAGUUUCAGUAAAUACAUUUUUAUAAAGGUAACAUUGUCAUAAUUGCUCAAUAUCCUGGCAUUAGUAUAAGAAUGAAAAAAAACCCCAGUUCCUCUGCCUUCUCCCAUUGACUAGAUUCCACUGCAACUAAAGAAAAACAACCGAUCAG